GCUUGUAUUUUUUCCGAGAGAAAUACAUACCCAAAUUAAGGAGAAGAAGACUGUAUGUAAGUAGCCUAAAGUAGGAAACUUGAAAAGCAGCAGCAGUAGUAGCCAACGCAGACCAAUCAAUAUACAUAUACAAAAAAAGUUACGUAUAAUUCAAUUAACAAACUUUUUGUUAAUUUGCAGAUUAUUGCUUCAAUCUUGUAAGAUAAAGCUAUGAAGGAGGUGAUACUUGGUUUACCUGGACCUUGGGCUGAUGAUAAUCUAGGGAUUGCUGAUCAUUAUACUACAAAAAUUGGAGGUUAUCCUGACUGGCCUUUCCCUGAGUCAUUGUUAGGAUCGGAUUUCCUCGAGUGUGGUUUGUGUAACAGAAAAAUGUGCCUAAUUUCACAGGUAUAUGCACCAAUUCAUGAUUCAGCUCUGAAGAUUGAAGAGCGCGUAAUAUAUGUAUUUGGCUGCCUGAAUUCACCCUGUGGAAGCUGGCGUGCUAUUCGUGUUCAGAAGCCUGGCAGUUGUGGGGAACCAGAACUUGUUGGCUCAGAAGCAGGUCCUUCCAUUGUAUCAUCUCCAGCUUCUGAAAUUAAGGAUUCAGAUGAUGAUAUAAGCCUGGAGGAAUUGAGUAAGGUUCUUUUUGAAGCUGCAAGCCUUGCUUCAAAGCGAACUAAACAAAAAGGAAAAAGAAAAACCAAGACUAAUUCAAGACCUCUUUCAUUAAAGCUGGAUCAUAGAAAAGUUGACUCCGGUACUAUUGUGCUGCCUUGCUUCUAUAUAUACAGUCAAGAGGAUAAAUCAUCUCAAAAUCCAUCAGCUGUUAGUUCAAAUUAUCCUUCACUUUCAGUCAAGGAGGCACAAGAUUAUAAGGACUAUACUGAUCCAAUACAGGAAGAAACCUGGGAAGAGGAAGGCUAUGAGUAUGACCGAGCUUUAAAUGCAGAUAGGAUCUACCUGAAGUUCAAGAAAAGACUGGACAAAUGCCCUGAGCAAUGUUUCAGAUAUUCCUUUGGAGGAAAACCACUGUUGGCUAGUGGAGAUGUGACUGAGCCUACUACAUGUGGCCUUUGUGGUGAACCAAGACAUCAUGAGUUGCAGUUUAUGUCUCCGUUAGUUUAUUUUCUACAAGAAGGAGCUACUGGGGGACAAAAAGAUUUGUUGGAGAAUUGGAAUUGGAUGACACUUAUUGUAUAUACAUGUUCAAAGUGCUGCUUUCAGAGGGUGGAUUCUGAAAUGCCCAAUUGGGAUGGGUGGACUGUGGCAGAGGAGACUGUUAUAGCACAGUUUGAGAAGCCUUUGACUGAAUCAUCUCGCCUAGGUUAUCUCUCUUAAUUUAUAGAAUACUUUCAUUUCUCAUUUUUCCCUAUUUUUUGAUUUUCAUAGUUUUGGAAUCUGAACUUGUAAAUUUGUUAUUGUUGUUUGUCAAUCAAUAGUGACCAUAGUCCAUUUA